AUGCUAGGAUCACAUCUCCAGGAUGUCUGUAGCCAAUAUCGCACAGGUGCAUACUUGCUGCAACAGCUCGAUUGGGAGGCCUCGCCACAACCCGACGCAAUCAGGGUCCCACCUCUCCCUCCUGGGGAUAAAGUCAUUGUUAUGGCGAAACUGGAGGAAGAAUACACCGGCUGGGUCGAAGAAGAGCUCCGGAGUACCUGGCAGCGAGCAAUCUACGUCGUCAACCCUUCCUCCGAAACACGAUCCAACGACGAAAUCCUUACAACCCCCUUCAACAAGGGCCAUGAAGCUAUGGCCUAUCUUACCUACGUAAUUGACUACUACGACAAACUCCCCUCGACCAUCGUCUUCCUGCACGCCCACCGCUCUGCCUCAACCUGCCUUUCAUUCAGCAAAACGGCUAUGUCAACCUCCGCUGCAACUGGAACCCCGGCUGCAAGGAGUCCCACCGCGUCAACGCCCACGUCACCGACCAGGUCUGGUGGGACAUGUUCUCUGGAACUUCCACCCCCCCCAAUGAAUACCUCCGACCCUUACCAGGUCUCCCAGAAAGGCGCACAGCGUUUACUCCGGAAGCCUGAUCUGAUCGGCGCUGCCUGUUGUGCCCAAUUCGCCGUGUCCAGAUCGCAGGUCCACCGCCGACCUCGUGACGACUAUGUCAAGUUCCGCCAGUGGCUGGUCGACACCUCGAUGAACGACGCUAGUUCCGGACGGGUUAUGGAGUUCAUGUGGCAUGUUAUCUUCGGCAUGGAGGCCGUGUACUGUCCCGAGGAGGAACUCUGUUACUGCCAGGUUUAUGGGAAAUGCUGA